AUAUCCCAUGAGCUAACCAAGGCAGAAUGGUGAACACCCCAAUUCCUCAUAGUCUCAAAUCAGAGGCUAAGAAAGCAGCUAAAAUUCUGAGGGAGUUCACGGUGCCAUCUGCUAAGGCGGGCCCUGACAAACUUAUACCCGCUGGGUUGAUAGCAAAAGCCAGGGGUCUUGCAAUUCUGACUGUAGUUAAGGCAGGAUUCUUGGUGACGGCCAGGGGAGGCAGUGGUAUUGUCAUAGCCAAGCUUGAUGAUGAUAGUGAGUGAAAUAUAAUAACAGCGUGGUCAGCCCCCUCAGCCCUUGGUAUUGCUGGUUUGGGAGGAGGUUUCGAGAUAGGUGCAGAGGUCACAGACUUCGUAAUUAUUUUGACUUCCAAAGCAGCGGUGGAUGCCUUUUCUAAGGGAGGUAACUUGACUCUGGGGGGUAACUUCACGAUAGCAGCUGGCCCGCUGGGACGUAACUUGGAAGGAGAUGUGGCAGUUAGAAGUCCUGCAGCUAUUUACACUUAUUCAAAAACUAAAGGAAUAUUUGCUGGGAUUUCCAUAGAAGGCAGUGGGUUGAUUGAACGCAAAGAUGCAAAUAAAAAGUUUUAUGGAUGUGAGGGCAUUCGAGCAUAUGAAAUCCUGUCAGGUCGAGUUCCUUGUCCGCCAGAGUGCAGUGUUCUGUAUGAGGUGUUGAAUAAACAUGAGGAAAUGGCAGAGAAGGCAUUACUGGAGAUAGCCAAACAAAAGGCUCUGAAACGAUCAAACUCCUCUGCUUCCACAAAUUCCUCAUCCAGAUUCCAGGGACUCAGUUUUAAUUCAAAGGAUUCACCUAAAAAGGAGAGAGAAUCAUCAGAGGCACGAAUAGUGACAACUCGAACAAUUCGAUCUCGAGUGGAACAGUCAAAACAGAGUUCUGGGAAGGAUAACACCCUAGUGACUACCACUACCACCACCACAACAGUGAAGUCCACUGGCCCUGGGCCCAGCCCUCCAGCGAACAAGGGAGAAAAAUCUUACACCAUCACUAAAAAUUUUGGAGAUGUCCCUGAUCUAGAUCAAGAUCUGAGUAAGCAGGCAAUGCUUGUGAGAGCGUUAUACGAGUAUACGGGAACUAAACCAUGUGACCUCACAUUACAUCCAGGUGAUGUGGUAACUGUCCGCACCUACACAGACAGCCAGUUUGAUUGGUGGGAGGGAACCUUAGGAAAGAAUACAGGCAUAUUUCCGGCUAACUACGUGGAGGUGCUCACCAGGCACAAGGUGGGCUGAUAGCAGACUACAGAAGAGACAGUUGGAUGUGGUCAACAGUUGAGCUUUCUGGUGCUGCUUAUUGUAUACAUGUAGCCUAUCAUUCCUGCAACUAUAAAGGUUAUGUAACCUACGGAAUCUGUAAGUUGUACUAAAAUGUUUUGGGACUGUUGAGACGCAGUGGUACAGAUGUAGGGUUCAGUGGUACAAAUGUGUCACUUUCAAUAUGACUGCAUUUUUGGAAAUCAGAAAAUUUGGUCAACAAAUGUGGGACUUACACGUAUUGCUUAAGACGUGAGGACACAAUAUCACAAAUGUGUCACAAACAAAUUAUACUUCCAUUUGAUAUUCAUGUUCUUCUACUUUCGGAAAUCACAAAAUCUGGUUGAAAAAAGUGGGACUUAGUUGUUGGUGUAGCUGUGGAAGGCAUUGGUAUAACGUGUCGCCAACAAAUGAUACUUUCGUUGAAGUUCGUCAAGUUUGGAACUCUCAAAAUCCGGUUGACAAGUGUGGGACAUAGUUAUUGUUUCAGAUGUGGAAUGUAGUGGUAUGCCGUUGGACCAUUCAUAUUCUUCCAGUUCGGAAAUCACAAAAUCUGACCAACAAAUAUUUGACUUAUUGGUUCAGAUGUGGAAUGCAGUGGUACAAAUGUGUCACAAACAACUGGUACUUCCAUUGGACCAUUCAUACUCUCCAAGUUUGCAAAUCACAAAAUCUGACCAACAAAUAUUUGAUUUAUUGGUUCAGAUGUGGAAUGCAGUGGUACAAAUGCGUCACAAACAAGUGGUACUUCCAUUGGACCAUUCAUAUUCUCCAAGUUUGCAAAUCACAAAAUCUGACCAACAAAUAUUUGACUUAUUGGUUCAGAAGUGGAAUGCAGUGGUACAAAUGCGUCACAAACAAGUGGUACUUCCAUUGGACCAUUCAUAUUCUCCAAGUUUGCAAAUCACAAAAUCUGACCAACAAAUAUUUGACUUAUUGGUUCAGAAGUGGAAUGCAGUGGUACAAAUGCGUCACAAACAAGUGGUACUUCCAUUGGACCAUUCAUAUUCUCCAAGUUUGCAAAUCACAAAAUCUGACCAACAAAUAUUUGACUUAUUGGUUCAGAUGUGGAAUGCAGUGGUACAAAUGCGUCACAAACAACUUGUAUUUCCAUUGGACCAUUCAUAUUCUCCAAGUUUGCAAAUCACAAAAUCUGACCAACAAAUAUUUGAUUUAUUGGUUCAGAUGUGGGACUCAAUGGUACAAAUGCGUCACAAACAAAUGGCACUUCCCUUGGACUAUUCAUGUUCUAAGAUAAACAAGUACCAUUUUGUUGGCUAACAACUAACCAAUGUGGUGGGUGAUCUAUUGGAUACAUCAUUGGUAUCUGUGGCAGCUAUAAAAGUGCAUGUAACACUACAUAUGCCUGGUGAAUUAGGUCAAUUGUAGGCCUGGCCCCAGGAUCAGGAACCUGUCUUAGACUUAAGUCAAAACUUCAGUCGUCAAAAUUUUGUUUGUUCCUUUCCCUUUUUUUUGUUAGCUGAAACUUGUCGUUCAAUAACUUACCCAGAAUUUACCCGUUGAAGCAAUAUUGUGAUAUGUAACACAAGAAACAACAGUUUUAAGAUCAUUUUAAAUUUUGACUUAAGUUUAAGAUCAUUUCGUCGUCCACGAGCCUAUGUCCUGAAAACUUUCAAUGCAGACAGUAAACAAAUGCCAUGUACAUCAAGAUAGUGCUAAAAAGAACAACCUUAGAAUGUAUGUUAAUGCCACAACUAAAAUCAAAAUGAAGUCUGAUUAUCUUGCCAAGUGUGUUGCGCCCUGUACCACGUUGUACUGAAAUGCAUGUGGUACAAUGAAAAUUUUUUGGAAUAUUUGAUUGACAUUUGCCACUUUUACACUUUUUUAACAUAUUACAUUUGCUUUGAUACUCUUUACUGAAUUUGUUAAGUGUACAUAAUAUCAUGAGAUUGCAUACAGAUAUGACUCAUCUAUAUAAUAGAGAGAAGUUGUAUUGAAUACUUAAUUCACCCAUGUCAUUCUUCGUUUCUUUAAAGAGCUACUUUGGUAUCAAAACACCUGUGUCUUAAGAGCAAGGUGAAUUGAUAAAGACUGGGAUAGUCUGAAUUGUUCUCCUAAAUUGUGAAACUAUUGCAGUGAAUUAAAACCGAUAUUGUACGUUUCGUCAGAGUAUAAGGAAACAAAGUGUUUCUGACCCUUCCACGUUGCCUGGUGUGACGUCACCCACGAACACAUGACGUCAUCAGUUGCUGAUGUAUAUUCACAAAUGACACUGCCCUUUCAAAUGCUCUUGACGUCAUCCCAGCAUAAAAGCCUUACUCAACAUCACAUCUGCCUGAUUCGUCGUCAUACAUGAUAUAUUCGGACACGGCCGAAGAUUUUGUUUUUCAUGGAAUAUUCAGUUAUAUGGGUUAAUUAGUGUUAUUCAUCAAAAUCCUAUUGAAACAUAGUGUUGGGCUUACUCUGUAGGAUUUCUUUCAUAUCAUUUUAAUAUUUCUACGCAAUUUGUAUUCUGACCAGUGGCAGGUUAAACGCAAGUGAAGAGGUCAUAGAUGAAUCCCUGAAAUGUGUCCCUCGUGUUGAUUUACCUGGCAGUAGUAAAAAAAAUUGAUCCUAUGAGUAGGUUAAAUUACACUGUAAAUCUGACAGGUAAGGAGGAUACAAAACUAGUGAUAGGUGGAAAAUACCAGUGGAAAGCUAGCAUAGCAUUCCGCGUACAAAACUUCUGUGAUUAUCAUUGUUAAUAUGCCUGACAAGCUGUGUGGAAGCUAUCAACUCUUAAACUACAUAUAAUUAAUUAACCACAUGAGGUGAAUAUUCUGACUUAAAUUCAACAUGGAUAUAUUGCUAUGUGCAUUGAUGUGCUUGAUAAAUCUGUCUACAUGUAUUUCAA